AUGGCGGUUGAACCGGAAGAACUAUGUCACGUGUGCAGUGUAUAUACCGGAAGAGAAACCUAUCCCUGUCGGAUCUGUUACAAAGUGUACCACGAAAGCUGUCUCCGAAAACUAGGUCAAUGUAAUGACCCAGCCUCGUCUGUCCUCCUCAAGAAAGCUCUCAAACCCACGGGAUGGAGUUGUCAGAAUUGCGACGACCUGAGUAGCUUACUGACGGAAGAAGAACUCCACAAUCUGUUUUCCUCCCUGGACCGGUAUGAAGUGGCGCAAGAUUCCAGUAUAGGGUUGGAGGAUUUUAUGGAAUAUCGAAAGCGUUGCUAUGGCGACCAAGAUGGCGGCGAGGUGCCAAAGGAUGCCCUACAAGAAGAUUUAGCGCGCUUCCAUCGGAUUGACAAGGACAACACCGGGUCGAUCACGUGGUGGGAAUUUAUCAACUUCGAGUCAAUCCGUAUUCUGAAGAAGCGAAAUAAGAACUCCAUCGUACAUCUGCUGUCACCAAGGGAAAUAGAAAUCGCCCGGCGACUGUUCCGCGUCUAUGACGACGGUUGCGAAGGAAAUAUCACCGAAUUCAAUGCCAAGAAAACCAUCGCUGCUUUCUACACUCUAUUUAUAGAAUGUGACGACACUCUUAAUGGAUUUGCUUUGUUAUCAAAAAAGGAUGAAGAGUUGUCUUCUGUUCUGAAUGAAAGUUUGUCCUUUACGAUGGACUGUGAACCCAACGGACCCAGAAGUGUUACUUGGCAGGAUUACCUGUUAGAACUAAGUCUGUACAGUCUAGCGGCACGGCCAAACUUAAGUCCCGUACCGGUGGAGAGUUCCGAAUGGACCAAAGGCGACCUGUUUGGUGUCAGUAUGAUCCUCCCCCUUAUAUCCACCCACGCCAGGGAUCUAGGAGCCACGCCCACAGUGACAGGGAUCAUAGGGUCUACAUAUGGAGCUCUGCAGCUGCUGUCAAGUCCAAUUGUGGGACAGUGGAGUGACAAUGUGGGGAGGAAGUUCUGUCUCCUCUUCUGUUUGCUGGCCUCAGCGGGGGGAUAUUUCCUCAUGAGCUUCUCUACCACCCUCAUUGUCCUAAUGCUCUCCAGGAUUCCCACAGGUAUCUUCAAACACAGCCAGAGUGUAUCUAGGUCAUACCUGACAGACGUGUCCCCCCGGAGUGACCAGUCUGGGGUGCUGGGGACCUUCAAUGCCGCCUCCAGUAUCGGCUUUAUUCUGGGUCCAGUGGUGGGGGGCAGGUUGGCAGAGACCAGUGGGGGAUUCUACAAAGUCACUUUCCUAUGUACUGCUAUAUUUAUUCUCAAUGCAG